AUGUUAGAGAAUUUUCAAAAGCAAUAAGUAAAACACUAUCAUUACAAUCAUAACAUACCUCAGAACUAAAAAUUUAAGAGUAUCUAUUUCCCCAUAUUACUCCAUAUGAAUCACACUGCUAGCAAAGUGGACCUUUGUGUCCACGUAAACACAUGA